CGUUUACCAUCUAAAUAUUCCAUUUUAUCUUUUCAUAACUGGAAAACAAUGGCGGCAAUAGAAGCUGUACUGUCUAUCUUCUCACUCUACUCUUCUUCUUCUUCUUCUUCCUCCACAUUCCUCUUAUCCCCUAAGCAAUUACCCUCUAUAAAGCUCCAUAGUUUCCGUUCUGUCCCUACUCUUUCUCUCAAAUCCCCUGUUUCUCCUCAAACCCUCAACCUCAACAACCCCACAAGAAACCUUUCUUUCGUACUAUGCUCUGCGGUGCAGGAGGAGGUGGUGGUAGAAGAAGAAGCAGAGCAAACCGAGGAUUCAAACCAGAAGAGAAAGCUCUACGUUGUCAAUUUGCCAUGGACUUUCUCAGUUGCAGACCUCAAGAACCUAUUUGGCGAAUGCGGAACUGUAAAAGUUGUUGAUAUUAUAAAGCAGAAGAAUGGUAAGAAUAGAGGUUUUGCCUUCGUGACAAUGGAGUCUGCUGAAGAAGCUCAGGCUGUGGUUGAUAAAUUUGACUCUCAUGAAAUAUCAGGCCGGAUAAUAAGGAUAGAGUUUGCGAAGAGAUUCAAGAAACCUUCUCCUCCACGUCCCGAAGGUCGUACUGCUGGAGAGACACGCCAUAAGCUUUAUGUUUCAAAUCUUGCAUGGAAAGUAAGAUCUACCCACCUCAGAGAUUUUUUCUCUGAAAAUUUCAAACCAGUUUCAGCCAGGGUUGUCUUUGAUACCCCUUUAGGGAGAUCUGCUGGUUAUGGCUUUGUCUCUUUUGCUACGAAUGAGGAAGCAGAGGCUGCAAUUUCUGCUUUGGAUGGGAAGGAAUUGAUGGGCAGACCACUUCGUCUGAAAUUCAGUCAAAAGAAUGUUGAUGAGGAUGGAGUUGAAAAGGAAGAAGACUCAUCAACUGGAAAAGAAGAAGAUUUAUCUGAGAAUCAACAGGAAGAGCCGUAGAUCAAUAGGCCUCCUAUGUUUGUCUUGAUCCUUGGAUUGUUGGUUUAGAGUAAUCUGGCAGAAGCUGGAAUUUUAACCUCAACUGGCCAUGAACGUGAUGAAAGGUCUCCUUUUUUGUUUGUAAAUUUUUGCUUUCAUCAUUCUUUUCUUUUUAAUAUUAUAAGUUCUAUAGACUAAUAGUUACUUUUCUCAUGUAUCUUAGUUUUGUAUUCUUGCUGACAUGUCACCUUCCUUAUUUCAGAUUUCUAGGCAGAAAUUUAAUUUGUACAUUAUGAAUUUUCAAAGAAAGCCCUUUUUCUGGCA